UGAACAACAGCGGCAGGCUGGUAGACCGUCGCAUCAACGUCUGCGUAGUGGCCCUUCUGCACUGAUAUUAUAGUGGCACCGACUGUUGUCAAACGGCGGUGCGCUGCUGCCAACAAUGGACGCCAAUGUUACUACUAGUCGCUAUUAGAGCAAUUCGUUGCCAUUGAAGAUUGGUUAACAUCACACAUUGUAGCCGAUGACAUGAAAAUUCACGCACAAAAAUACGGCAACGCUCAUAAGAGAUCGACGCACUCAACGUAGAGGUUUGGGAUUCGCGCAGCGACUGGCGACCGUAGCCAGUUACUAAAUUUACUCCUAUCAACUGCUACUGAGCGAUACGCACUUCAUGAGUUCUGAUCGUGAUUUGAAGGCGAAUUAUCAUUUUGGCUGACCAAAGAAAUAGGACGACUUUUGAGGACGCUUACAACAAGGGCGGCCAUAGGUGCUAGUCACAGCUGAAUUUGAAAUUAUUUGAAUGUUCUGUUAAGGGGCAAAUAUUUAUCACACUAAUUAGUCAUUUGGUGUUCUGUUGCCGUCGUCAUCACCGCCACAGGAUUUGCUGCCGCUUUUGCUAAUGCCCGACGGAAACAAGUGAACAGUCAGCUCCCUCAACAAACUCCGGAGGAAUAAGUGUCUCGGUGAGGUGUCAUCAAUGUUAGGGGCAGUCAGUGACAGCGUUCGUAAAUUACUGUCGUAUUCGUGUUGACAAUGCUGUUUCGAGUAGGGCAGAAAAAGACCGAAGCAACGAGCCCUGAAUGAAGGAUUACAGCACUGGGAACGAGGCUUAUUUCCUUCAGCAUUACUUUCGGCAACUCGAACGAAGAAUCUACCACAAACAUGGUCGGUUGAAUUCUACCGCGGUUUCGCCGUCCCGAACUUAGUUGGUCAGAGCGAUAAAGUCCAUCCGGACAGGAACGCUUCCCUGGCAAUAACGCGCACGCUCCUUCUCUCUCCUUCCUGUGUGGGCCUCUGGUACGAACCCGGUCGCCAGCGCAGCGCAGUGAUCAGAAGACAGCUAACUAAAAGUGCGAACAUCACAGUACUACACUACGGUUCCUUGAGACACGAAGUGCGACCAUGUGUCAAUAUAACCCAUAAAAGUGGCUGGCGUACGAAGAGGAUCAAUAGCAGUCAGCUUAUGUCCAUCAGGGUAAGACCGUCAGGUGAACAAGAAGCAAGUUUACGGCCUCGUGUAGUAGUACCGGCGGCCUACUCUAGUUGCACCUAACGGAUUAUAACAACUAACCCUGGCUGACUAGAUUUGACCAUUGAAAACAUUUCGCGGCACAAGCUGAAGACCAGCGGAUCACACCAAAUAACCAUGACUACCGAAUCGAGGAUGUCCCCCCUGCCAUCAACAGUGUAUGAAACCUUUUACGCACUCUAUUACUGCAAUGCAUCAGGAAAAGGCUCAAAUCCCGAGCUGGAAGCAAACCCAACGAAUAAAUCUCCAGCGUCUCAACAUGUUUAUCUCAAUAUUCUCGCAACGAACCUCAGUGGUGAAAAAGAAACUGAUUUACGAUGCUUCCUACAAAAGAGAAUUCAGCUAAAGGACAUCGUUCUCGAAGGCGGAGCCAAAGCAGCUUUACUCGAUGUCGGCACUCGUGGUAGUAUCAUGUGUGUGUAUCAGCUAUUCGCAAAACUUCAGAGCGGAAUCGCAGGUGGACAGGGUUAUUGUUUAGCGCUGUUGGCACCCGACGACGGAACACUCGACCUCUUCCUUAACGAAGUUGAAGCGUUUAUGCGACGUCACGCUAACAAACUAACUAACGCUGAAAAGUGUCUUCCUGACGAGACAAGAAACUCGUUGAAGGACUGGCACAGGCAGAGCACCCUGUUCAUCGGGCAUGUACUAAGAGCUCUAGGUGAACGUACAGCUGUACUUCUGCAUCUGGCACUAAGUGGAGGAACACUCGACAUCGAGCAGGUGAUCGAUACUCAGCUCCGCUCCGACCUUUCAAUGUUUAUGUCCUGUUGUGGAUUGCAUGAACUUCGGCGAGUGGUGAAAAUUAACGCGACUCUCCCUAAAGUUAUUGUUGCCCGUCAGGAUGAAGAGUCAGGUCGAAUUGAGUUGUCGCUUGAGGAGUGCUCACAAGACUCGCUUCAGUGGUGCCGACGCCUCUUGCAGGAAAGUCCUGACGACCCCGUUGUAUUACGACGGAUCAUUGAGGGAUACAAAAUCCGGACUAUCCAGGAUAUGAAUCUGGUACGCCGCAUCGUUCGUAAGGCCGAGAGUGACCAUUACGCCCUAUACCGCGCCUAUAAACUGCUUAAAGAGUGUGGCUACACCAAAACCCUGCUUGGAUUGUCCAUGUCGGAGCACAAUUUCAGUUCGAACAAUUCCCUUGACAAUACUGAGGGUAACAGUAACGGCCAUAAUCAUGGAGGAGAAGGAAGCUUUGGAGGGUCUUCGCGGGGUUCGACGAGUAGUAGCAGCUCGAGUGGCAGUAACGGGAGUGUCGGUCAGGAGAUCAUGGGCGAAGAUGUCAUCUCAAUCCUGCUUGAGCAUUUGCCUGAAGACCGGUAUCAGACAUUCGCUGAGGCAGCUCCAGCGCCUUCAACGACGCUUAGACAAAUUCGAGCCAAUUCGUAGAGUGGGUGAUGACACCGAUCAGAUGCUUCGCGCAGCUUGACUUUGCCUGCCACGAACUUCUAAUGGUUACAUAUAUUAUGUGUACGAGAAUGACAUUGCUCUCCGUGAUCGUAAUCAUCCACGUCGCUAUCGUGAUCGUAGAAAGACAUUGUCAUUUCAGCUAAGACAUAAGCUUCGAGCGGACAAUAGUAUAAGCAAACAUGACGACUGAAAUUUUCUAUUAGCUUGAGUACCGGUCUCAGAUGCAGUGCAGUGGCGCCCCACUUGGAUCUACAAAUGUAACGAGAAAACUCAUCAAUAACCUGUAGAUAACCAUAGAAAAUAAUUGUCAACGCAUGUCUACAUUUUCACCACCUUUUGCCACCAUGUUAGAUACACUGGUAUUCAGUUUGAAACGAUCGCGCUUACGACGGACGUCACAAGCUGUUCUGUUUGUUGUCCAAUUACCGUGCUCGUUGAUCUAAUAACCACGAAAUACUAUUUGCUAAACGAGUGCUGGUUGUGCAAGCCCAACGUAAAAUAGAUGUUCGGCCGCAUGAGGUGCCGUCUUUGAUAGAUUUCAAAAGGCGUCUGCCACGACGAACUAACCAGCAGACGGCCUUCCCUCAGCACGAAGGUUUGCAAAAAAUGUCCAUUAUUUAAGUGGCCUCGGCUGGUACCGAGCACUACCGUCACAUCUGCUUGAAAUUGGUAAUAUGAAAAGGACGAUUCAGUAGACGGAGUUCAGUGUCCGCGACGAUAAAUCUCAAGUGUUUGAGCUAGCUCAUAGAAGGUUCAAACGCCCGUAAAUAUUAAAAUGAGCAUCUAACAAUUAGAAUGAGAUGAUUUCUUUCCGCAGCUCCAGCCUACGUCGAUGAGCUAAGUACUUUGCUAAAAUGGCGAUAACAAUGAUAUGAAUAUAAGAGUGUAAGUAUGAACUGAAUAAUGAAUAAAUCA